AUCCAAUUACAUGACCUGUGUGCGUGAGCUAAAAAGGCAACAGCGCCCCAGUCAAGUUGUGAUUGGCUGUUCUUCAAGUCAAUCAACUAUCAAUCAAACUGGACAGUUAGAGCCAUGGCAACUCACUCAGCAACCAGUGCCCAGCAGCAACAAAGACUCAUCCCUAUAUGUAGUUGGACUGGGCCCUCAAUGUGUGUGUCUGUGUGUGUGUGUGUGUGGUUAUAUGUGCAAAGGACUGAGCAGGCAGCAGAACAGCAAGCAAACAUGCCUCCAAAGAAAAAAACAAAAAAGACCACAAAGAAGAAUACAGAAAAAAGCAAAAAUGAGUUGGACGCAAAGUAUAGGCGCAGUAUUCUGGAUAUAGCCAUUCUGCAGGAUCACAUUGCCUUACAGAGAGAGUCAGUAAUAAAGGCCCAUUCUGACAGAACUGACCUGAGGAGACGCAUGAGAGACACGGAGCAGAAGCUGCAGCACGAGAGACAAGACCACAGGGACAUCAACUGUGACCUCAGUCGCCAGUACAAAACCAUGCAGGCAGAGCUAACCAGCAAGGUGGAGAGGCUGGAAAAGGAGGUCAGCAAGCUAAAGGAAGAACUUGCCUUGUGUCAGGAGGAACUGAGGAAAGAGAGAAGACAGCGUGAGCAGUUGGAAAAGGAGAAGGACGCCACCGUAGAUGAUCUCCAACACAAACUGGACAACAUGGACGCAGACUACGAGAAGAUCCUGCAUGAUACUCUCGACAGCUUGACCUCGCAGCUGUCUGCGGCUCGACAGGGAUGGGAGGACAAGAGCGUAACCCUUCAUCAAAAUUACAAGGAACUGCUCGCUGAAUUUGGCCUGAAUGCACUGGACAUCUAAAUGACGGGCUCCUUACAAAUGAAGGCAGCUGCUUGAUGUAUCUACACUCAAGUCUGUUCAAACUUAUGUUGAAUCUGUGUUUGGUCCAAUUGAAAGUGAUGCCUGUGACAGCAUCAAUUUGCAACUUAAAAUCUAGCAUGCCUAACACACUGAUGGAUGUUGUUAUUAUAAUAUUUUUCCAUCAGGGCACAUAAUAGACUCUGUUAUCUAUCAUGUAUUCAGUAGUUAAGUGUGUAGCGUCUGUAAUGUUGUGUAAUGCCCACUAGAUGUAGCAAAUGACUGUUCUGAGAUGUUGGCCUGAAUAUCCUAGAUGCCCAGAAGUUAUUAGUGUUCUAGUGUGUAUACAGUAUUUUAUAUGUGUAAAUACUUUGUUCUUUUUGACACACCAUGUUUGUAACUCGAAUGAAAGUGUGAGAAAUACACCAACAGGAAUAAAAUUAAUGAUA